CCCAACUGUUGCAAAUACAGUGAAUAUUAAUUUGGUCCAAACCCACAGAUAGCAAGGGAGAACACACCAAACUCCAAGUCUGUUCGGACUGCGCACUUCACAGCUGAGACCCGGGGCAGACUUCUCAGUCUGACAUGGCAGAAAAACCAAUCAACACGUUGGUGCAAACCCCUGGCAGUGAAGAUCCAGAAAACGAGAACAUCCGUUGCUUAACCACUCUUGGCCAUUUUGGGUUUGAAUGUUUGCCCACUCAGCUGGUGAACAAAUCAAUCCAGAAAGGAUUCUCUUUUAAUAUUCUCUGCGUGGGAGAAACUGGAAUUGGAAAAUCAACUCUGAUCAAUACACUGUUCAAUACGAAUCUGAAAGAGGCCAAAUCUUCCCAUUUCUACUCGAAGGUUGGACUGAAGGUGAAGACAUAUGAACUUCUGGAAAGAAACAUUCCCCUGAAGUUGACUGUUGUGAAGACGGUCGGGUAUGGCGAUCAGAUAAACAAGGAAGCCAGCUACCAGCCAGUCAUUGACUACCUGGAUGCUCAGUUUGAAGCGUACCUCCAGGAGGAGCUGAAGAUCAAGCGCUCCAUGCCGGACUACCACGAUUCUCGAAUCCACGUCUGCCUUUACUUCAUCACCCCUACAGGACACUCCCUCAAGUCCCUGGACUUGAUAACGAUGAAGAGCAUUGACAAACGGGUGAACAUCAUACCGCUGAUUGCCAAAGCGGACUCGCUUUCCAAGAACGACCUGCAGAGGUUCAAGAACAACAUAAUGAGCGAGCUGAGCAGCAAUGGCGUCCACAUCUAUCAGUUCCUGGCGGAUGACGAAACUACUGCUCAAGUAAACAACUCGGGGCUGUUACCCUUUGCUGUGGUGGGGAGCAUGGAGGAGGUCAAAGUUGGAAAAAGAAUGGUUAAGGGCCGCCAUUACCCUUGGGGCGUUUUGCAAGUGGAAAAUGAAAACCACUGUGACUUUGUGAAGCUCCGGGAUUUGCUUCUGUGCACCAACAUGGAAGAUCUGAAAGACCAAACCCACACGCAGCAUUAUGAAUGUUACAGAAGCAGCAGGCUGCAGAAGCUGGGCUUCAGUGAUACGGGCCCCAACAACAAGCCAGUGAGUUUUCAAGAGAUGUAUGAAGCCAAGAGACAAGAGUUUCACGAUCAGUGUCAGAGGGAGGAGGAGGAACUCAAGCAGACGUUCAUGCAGCGCGUCAAGGAGAAGGAGCUGACCUUUAAGGAUGCGGAAAAGGAGCUGCAGGACAAGUUCGAGCAUCUGAAGAGAAUCCAACAAGAGGAGAUCCUGAAGUUGGAAGAAGAGAGGAGAAAACUGGAAGAGCAAAUCAUAGAUUUCUAUAAGAUGAAGGCUGCUUCCGAGUCAGCACAGGCUCAGGUGUGCAUGAACGUAAAGAAGGACAAAGAUCGUAAGAAAUAGUCUUCUCUUACCUUGCCGUCUGAUUUCAGAAUGUCCCGUCUGAUUUUAGAACCCAUUAUCCUCUACUCCUAUACCUGUGAGCUUGUCUUCAUAGCACUUAGUUUUGACUGAAAUGCUAAUCUUUUUUUAAAAAAGUGACUCAGCACAUGUCGUUCUCCACAAGAGUGUCAAAUACUUGGGAAGAAGAUACGGUUUUUUGUUUGCUUGCUUGCUUCUAACAAAAUUUCAAUUGUGGGAGGAAGAUGUGUGUUUUUUUUUAAAAAACAAAAAUCUCAAUCAUUUGAUUUUACCGAUGAAGGCUCAGGAGUCAGAUGCUGGGUGAAAGCCUGCUAGCUCAGAGAGGCAGAGAGAGAACCCAGCUGACCUUUCUCCAGAGCUGAAGUGACCCUCACUGAAUUCCCCUCUCCCAUGCCACCUCAAGUAACCUCCAAACUGAAUGUUCCUCCCUUCUGCUUCCUGUGCAGCUAUCUCUGUCCUGACUCUCUAUGGUUUUUUUCCUUAGUGAUUCUAUGUUCCUGUCCUAUCAACUGGCUGCUUGCUCUAUCUAUCUCUUGACCUAUGGUUGACUUUAUUAAAUCUUAUCUACACUAUUCAAGUAGAAAGUUCUUGGAUCAAAGGUGUGUGCUAAGGCUGAGCUGCACCACAACUAGAAACAGACUUUUCUAUAAAUAGCAAAAUCUCGGGGUUCGAAGUGUAAUCAAAUAUCCUGCAGCAUUUCCCCAUUUUUUGUCUAAAAAUGAAAGGGGUUUUAACUCUAACACAGUUUAGAACUGCUUUAAGUUAUAAAAAUAAAGCUGAUUCUUUAAUUACACCAUUAUUAGAAGUUGUGGCUAUAGAGACAACAGUUUUAGAGACAUAGUCUAAAACUGUUUAUAACAAUGUAGCUAUUUCUGCCGAGCUUUCUACAAAGUCUAGCUUGGUUGUAUUUUACAGUCUUAUGAUUAAAUAUUUUUUUUUUUGGUUCAAAGUUCCUUUAAAUGUUUGUGUCAGUCUCAUAUGAACUCAGCAAUUUGAAUUUCCUAUUAGUUUAUAGUGUGAAGCUGAUCUUUGGGUGGUGUUUGUCAGAUAAAUGGCAAUCCUGAUCAGGCAGAACACAGCAGUCAAGCCCAAAGGCAUCCAUUGUGCGCACAUCAGUAGCAAGAAAGCUAUCCUGGGACAAAGUCCCUGGUGUUGUGCCUUUCCAGGCUAUACCCAUUGUAGCUGAGCAAGAUGGUGGGCUGUCUUCAAGAUGCUCACUCCCGAGUGGAGUCCACCACAACCCUAACUCUAAGACUGGGGGUUUCCUCUUUUGGCAGGUUAUAUCUUUUCUAGGGCAGAAUGUUUUUGGCAACAGAGAAAGUAUUAUGUUUCGAUUGAAAUUAGACUCUUGAAAAUUUGAAACUAAAUAUACCUUAGUCUGAGUGGAUAAAUAUACCCAUAUUCCCCUUUCUCUUUGUAUAUUGAUUUGAGGCUUAAGUGUAUUUAUUUUUAGAUCACAAAGGACAUUCACUUUAAAUUUCAGCCUGCCGUUUUUGCAAAGCAUCUUUUAAAUCAAAAUCACUGUAAUUCUUAUAGGCCUGCCUCUCAAAUGUUGGGAUAGAAGGUGUGAACCACUACCUGGCUAUGGAUCCCUUAUAAUAGUCCUUUUCAUAGGGUUGUCCUGCUUUAAUUUGUUUCUCCAUUUCUCCGUAUUUUUUUAGUGUUAAGGGUAAACGUUGACUUACCUUGUUGAUUCAUUCUGAAUUUGUUCUCUAGCAAAUUUUAACAUUCUAGUCUUAAUUAAACACGAUGCCAAUUUAUCCACUAUUUUAUUAUUUUCAGAUGUUUUGUCCAUCUUGCCUGAAUGAACCACACUAAAUUUAAUGCUUUUGCUAAGUUUUGAUAGGUUUUUCACUUCCAUUCAUAUCUGCUAGUUAGUGGUUUAUCCAUUUUGAUGUCCGUAUAGUUAAACCUUUGCACACACACCAUGAAUUGGAUAGAAUUGUGUGGUAUACCUGUAAUAUGCUUUAUGUUGUAAUAUGCAAAGAAUUUCAUUUUACUAGAGACCUAUGCUAGAGCAUUAUCAGUCUUAAUUUGUACAGGUAUCUGCCGCAGACCACCCAGGGGAGUGUGUCAGCAGAGGGACCAAGGCUUGGAUUUCA